AUGGGAGCUUGUGUUUCUUAAUUUUGUCAGCAGUAAGAUCAAAUGAUUUUGAGCGUAGCUAUUGAUUCUUCUAAAACCCCACAGCAAAUUUAUAAUUAAAGUAAUAUAAGGUAGAAGGACUAAACUCGCUCAUAAAAAGGUGAUGGUCUUUAACAAGAUAAUGAUGAUAGUGAUGGAGAAGAAAUGCAGUUAACUUAAAUGAUUAUGGAGCUUAAUGGAAUUUCUUAGAAUAUACAAAAUUUGAUAAAUUAAAGAUAUAAUAUGGAAAUAUAAUCAAUUUCGUUGAUAGAGUAGGCUUAGCUCUCUUAAAUUUCUAAACCCCAUGAUGUAGACUAAGAAUUUUCAAAUAACUAUUUUUUGAGUGAAUAACUAUUGACAAGUAAAACACCUGAUGAAGUCAUAAUGCAUAAAAGAAAUAGUAAUGGCAACUACUAUACCCAUAUGAUAUAAAGUUUCGCAAGUGGGGGUAUAGAAGGAUCACCUUCCAGCGUAACUUAAAGAUAAAGUUUGAAAAUAUAAAGCCAGUAACACUAAGCUAGUGCUCUUGCCAAAAAAUAAAAAUCUAAAAAAAAAAGACAAUUUUUAGUAUUUCGCCUUCCGAGGACAUAGUUUUUACUACCAUAAUUGCAAGUAGUACCAUCUUUAAAUGCAAAUGAAGUUCAGGAUAUUUACUAUUUAAAAGAUUUAUACGAUAUUUAGAAAAUUAUUAGCAGCAAUUUGAUUAUUAACACAGGCACUAAAAGAAGAAUUUCUGCUUCUUAAUUUUAUCAAUAGAAUUUACAAGAAAAAGCGAGCAAUAAUAACACAUCCUUAUUCUUUAAAAAACUUACUAUUGUAAUGAAUGAGAUUUUGUUAAACGACAUCAGCUUUCUAAGCAACUUAGAACAAUGGAGCUAAAUUUAAAAGCUAUCUCUUCACAUCCAGAGCUCAUCAAACACAGAUUUUUUAGGUAUGCUAAUAGUUAGAUUUAGGGACAUUCAAGAACUUUCAUUUAGAAUUGAUACAACUUUUAAUUUGACAGAUGACUUUUAGAUGGCAAUUUGCUCGUUGAUAAAUCUUUAUAAAGUGAAAUUUGUUUUUAAUAACUUACUUUUUGAUAAUCAUGAAUAGAGCAAACUAUUUUAUGAGCGUUUAUUAUGUUCAGUAAUUGGAAAGCAGCUAGCAGAAAGGUAUUAUCAGCAAGCUUCUGCAACGUCUUUAGCUUCGAUUGGAAUGAAUUUAUGCUAACAAUAGCAAGUACCUUAAUUUAUAUAACUAGAAUCAAUAAAAUUUUCUUUUAUUAACACUGAUUGCACUCUUAUUUUUGAAACGCUUCUUAAUAAAGUUUUCAAAGGGAUAACUUUAGCAAAACUUAAAAAAAUGGCAUUCAAAAUGCAUGUAUGCUAAGAUGCUGCAAAUUAUCAAGUUUAAAUGCUAAACUACUUUUUAUCUUCAUGCUACCAAUCAGGUACAAAUUCAACUAUUAAUAUGAACAAGCUUAAAGUGAUUAAUUUUGGAAUACAUGUUUCUCCAUCCGACCACAAUACAUAAGAAAAUAAUACAGCAAGAUUCUAGUUAUCAACCUCGAACCAUUUCGAUGAUGAAAUAAUGGGGACAAAGGCUAGUACAAAUAUGAACUAGUAUGCAUCAGUUUAAGAGAUAUCACCUAAAAAACUUGGAUAAAACAAAAAGCUUAACCAUGAUGAGACAAUAUAAAACUUUAUAAAUAACCAUCAAAUAACACAAAGUAUUUCAACAGGAAAUAUUCCUUCACAUAGAUUAUCGUAAUUCGGAGCUGAAAUGCAUUAGUCAUUUAGCAGUUUCAACCCUUAAAUGAGUUUCAAUUUAAAUAACAACAACAACAACAACAACAAUAAUAAUAAUAAUGGAAGCGUUAGUAAUCAAUACAUGCUAGGAAGCUAAAACGAACUAAGAUCUUAGCUUUCAAAGAAUUACCUAAAUGGAUUUUUGAAAAACUUUGAAGUUAAAAAGAUCCGUAAGAUUAUGAUGAGAGACGAAACUGGUGCUAAUUAUUUUAAUAGCAACUUAUCUAUAAUUAAAGCUGCUUAAAAUCUUGUUUAGGUGAAUUUGCAAUUCACUUUAACUCAAGAAAACUAAUUUCAAAAUUUAAUAUCUUUAAUGUAAUAUAAUUAAAGUACUAUUAAGAAGCUCUAAUUAGAGAUAGAAAAAAAGAUAUUAAUUUCUUUAUACGAUGAUCAUAAACUAUUUAACAUCAUAAGCAAGAUGUAAAAUUUAAUUUCUUUUAAAGUAAAUUACAAGACAAAAGAGCCCAUAUUUUAUUAAGUGAUUUCUGCUCCUAAUCUUAUUAAAUUUUGUGAAUACAAAAAUGUAUUCAAUUAGUCUCCUGUUAAGCAAUCCAUACGCCAAUAUGUUGGGUAAGGUAACUAAACAGUAGCUCUAUUUAUUAAAACAAUAGUGUAAGCAAAAAAUCUGUUACACAUGUAAUCACCUGAUUUCACAUAACUUUUAUCAUAUUUAAACCCUAAAGCAAAUAAGGAAUAGGUUAAAGAUUUAUUAUUUUAAGAUAUAAUAAUCAUAAAAUUGAUAAAAUAAGUAAAAAAAAGACUUGCUAUGUGUUACAUCUGCAUCCACCCUAGUCUAAAAUAAUUUUAUAAAUCAAAUUCUCUAACAAAUAGAGUAGAAUGUUCUAUAGAUUUGCAAACCAAUAAUAUCUCUUAAAACUAAUUCUUACUAGACUUAAGCCAGUUCUAUUGA